UUGAAGUUGUUAGCCAUGGAGAGCUCCAGGAAAUUGGUUAACCAUGAUCCAUACAAGUGCUAUCACAUGCAUGUUCAUGGUGUGACCCCACUGUACCCUGUCAGUGGAUCAUAUGCUCCAGUGAUGGUGCCGGUCAAGAAUCAUGUCCCCAAAAUGGGGCUGAAGAAAGUGUCUAGCUACAGACAUUACGCAAUGGGGAAUUCUCCAGCAUCUAAAAGUUACUUACAACCCAGACUGUUCAGCAUGGAGCAUACACCAAACAGCUGUAGGUCUGGCCAGGAGGACACUACUGAUCCCAUACAUCACCACUGUCACAAACCUACAGCAUUGUACAAAGGCGAAACACAAUAUCCCCACAAGACUGCGCAGCUACGAUGCAAUGAAAAUCAUUACGAAACAUCCGGCAAAGUCCAAUAUAUACAAACCACUAAAGUAGCAGGCAAUAUUGAAAGAUGGAAUGAUGGAUUGGUUUCCCAGAGGAAUAGUAAACUGAAGCCCCGGAGGUCAUUUAAACCUCUUGAUGUCAUCAGCAACUUAAUUAACAAGGCUAGAAAGCACCAAACAAAAGAAAGUACAAAUAUUCCGAGAAAAGGUUGUAAGGAAGAUGUUCAAGAUAGAGAUGAUGGAUUUUUGUGUAGUAAUGACAUCAAAUGUUCAUCUCAGUCCUUGGAUACCAGAGAUUCAAAAGUAAAAACUGGACAAUCACAAUAUAGUCCAUACAGCCAUUACAAAGCAGCCAGACAAACUGAAUAUAACAUAGAUGUUAAAGAUGGUCAGAUAUGUUUUAAAAAGGACAAGGAUGAUACAGCUGUAGAAAGUGUCGGUCAGUCUCGGUGGACAUCACAUGGAUUGAUUGCAAUUGACCCCUGGGCAGCUGCAGGGAUCUACAGAAGUCAGGAGACAGUGAGGUACAAAAGUCAUGUGUCUAGAUACUUUCAGAAAGGUUCUUCUCAUGUUAGGUCAAAGGGCACAAGACUUGAAAAUCUCUGGAGCAUGCACUUGGCAGAUCAAGGUUACAAGACAAAGUCAGAUGGUCAAAUAGACAAAGUGCAAAACCCACUUAAUCAAGAUAGCAUUUUGCAGAACUUAAAUGGUCUCGUGAAGAAAGGACAUAUUUCAGACCAUGGUCUGUCUAGAGCAGGGUCCAGUCCUUCAAAAAGGCUUCCUUUGAGUGAAAGACUGCAUGAACUACCCAUUCAGAAAAACUAUGUGAUGAGCAAGUUUUUGUGUGAUGUCCAUCACAUCAGCAGUAUAAGGGGUCAGUCGAGUAGCCAGGGACAAGGGGGAUACCAUCCUGUUAAGAUUGGCGACCUUUUCAAUGGGAAAUACCAUGUUGUCCGCAAGCUGGGUUGGGGACACUUCUCCACAGUUUGGCUAUGCUGGGAUAUGUUGGAGAAGCGGUUUGUGGCCCUGAAAGUAGUGAAGAGCGCCCAGCACUACACAGAGACUGCCGUGGACGAGAUCAAGCUGUUGAGAUGUGUGAGGGAAAGUGAUGAGGCUGAUUUGUUCAGAGAGAGGACUGUACAGCUAUUGGACGACUUCAAAAUAUCUGGUGUCAACGGCACACAUGUCUGUAUGGUGUUUGAGGUGUUAGGACACAAUUUACUAAAGUUGAUCAUUAGAUCAAAUUAUCAAGGAAUUCCACUUACUAAUGUAAAGAAAAUAAUUAAACAGGUACUCCAAGGCCUCCAUUACCUCCAUUCGAAAUGCAAUAUUAUCCAUACAGACAUCAAACCAGAGAAUGUCCUCAUGUGUGUCGACGAGACAUACAUCAGGAAACUUGCUGCAGACGCCUUCGAGUGGCAGAAAAUGGGCCUAAAGCUGCCUGGAUCUGCUGUGAGUACAGCACCAAAAGAAAAGCCGCUGGACCCAUCAAAAAUGUCUAAAAAUAAAAAGAAAAAGAUGAAAAAGAAACAAAAGAAGCAACAGCUACUUCUGGACGAGCAGAUGAAACAGAUUGAAGAGUUUGAGAAAGACAAAGAGCAGAGCGAGUAUAUGUCCCAGAGUGAGAGUACACAGAGCUUACCCCAGCAGGAGGGCAUGGACCAGUCGGAGGAAACAGACACUUGUAACACCUUAAAUAGUGACUCGUCGCCCACGGAGAACAGUCUGGCAAACUACACGGACCAGGAAAAUUCAGAAAACAACAAAAAUGACCUGAACAUCAUUGAAAUUGAAAACAACAAUGCAGAUAACAGUGCAGAAAAGGAGAAAACUAAAACAGAAAAAAUAAAUGAGGAAAAUACACAGCAAAGUGAAGGCGAGAAAAGUCCGCCAUUAACGAACAAAAACUAUGUAGAACCCACAAUCAUCACAGAUGGUGGCGGUACAACAACGAUCAUUGUGCAAAAUGUGGCUCCCGAACAGGUACCUGUACCCCCAAUGUGUAACGGCCAUGAAUCUCAGGGGGGACAGGAAGGGGAUGGGGACUCCGUAAACAAAAACAUUUCGUCUCAGGAGACACCAUCACAGGACACAUCAAUGAACAUUUCUGAAAGUGAGGCUAUAUCAAAUAAAACAGAACCGCAGUCCGAGAGCACACCUUGCGCUAUGGAGGAGAGCAAUAAUGGCGAGUCAAGUCCAGAGUCCAAAGGUCGUGAUCACAGUGUGGACAAUACUAGCCAAGCUAACAGCGACAACACUAAUUCCUCAGCACGCAAACUUAGCUGCAAAGCAGACCCAGUGAGAGAGAUUUGUGAUAUACCUGUAAAGAUUGCAGACUUGGGGAAUGCCUGCUGGAUACACCACCAUUUUACAGAGGACAUUCAGACAAGGCAGUACCGCUGUCUUGAGGUCCUAAUUGGAGCUGGCUACGGUGCACCUGCCGACCUCUGGAGUACUGCCUGCAUGGCGUUUGAGCUGGCAACAGGUGAUUAUCUGUUUGAGCCCCAUUCUGGCGAGGAUUACUCCCGAGACGAGGACCACCUUGCACAUAUUAUAGAACUUAUCGGCCCCAUUCCACGCCAUAUAGCCCUGUCUGGCAAAUAUUCCCGAGAAUUCUUCAACAGGAAAGGAGAGCUGCGGCACAUCGUAAAACUGAAGCCGUGGGGCCUUUACGAAGUACUGACAGAGAAAUAUGAAUGGGAACCAUCGGCAGCCCAGCAGUUUUCCGACUUCCUCAUGCCCAUGCUUAUAUUCGACCCAGAGAAGCGUGCCACAGCAUCAGAAAGUCUAGAACAUCCCUGGUUGUCUGACGCGGAAGCCUGACAUGUUCUAGCUAUGCCUGUCUGUUAACUCGUGCUUGUGCUACAGUAAAGAUUCAUCCUCAGCGCUACAUGUACCUGAGAAAAACCAAUUUUGUUUGGACUUUUCAUUGGACAAGGAAACAAGAUCCAUCCUGAUUGUUUGUGAUUCUAUUUGGACUACAUGUGUCUGUCUUCCUAAUAGUCUCGUGACAAUGAAGAAAGGACAAGCAAACACAAGAAACCUGUAUUUUGCCCAUCAAUCAUUCUCAUUGAAAUGGCAGGAUUCUUUUUUUUUUUUCUUUUUAGUUCAUGGGAAACUUCAUUGAGGUUAAUUGUGUCAUGGAACAAUACCCCGCCGUCUGUCAAUAUUGAAAGAGAAAAUGUCAGUGUUAAAAAAUCUCAUUUAAAACUUCUCUUGUUAAUUUCCCUGUCAUUUGAUGGUAGCAGUGUUCCUCCUCUGCCAAAUGUGACAAAUGUUUAGAAUAGAAGUCAAACUGGUCUUAUUACAGCUGUUCAUGUUUACAACAGAUUUACAUAUUCUACCUGGUGAGCAAUGCCCAUUCUACGGGUGUCUUAUUUUCACACCAUUUAUAAUGUAUGAAGAUCAUAAGAAUGUCAUACUUGUAUCACUGGUACGAUGGGGACUUGUUGUAAUUUAUAUGAUGUAAAACAAUAAUUGCCAUAGAUAAUAGUAUACAAAGAUGGUAUUUAUUUGGUAGUUGUAAUAAUGCCGGCCAAUCUGCCUCUCUGUCAUUCCUAUCAUUGCUAUAUCAUGUUGCCUUUAUUUCUUGUAAAUAAUUCUGUACAGAAAUCACAACAACCUGUAAAGGGCAAAACGCAGAUUUUAAUCUAAGCAAAUUUUUUUGUAAGGAGUAGAAAAUAUAUUGAAAGCAUACUAAUACUGAGUGCUUACCCGGUUAAUAAUUGAGGAACUUGACGUUAUGUAGUCUUGAGUAGUACAUUGAUAGCUAUCAGCAGAUUGUAUAUAGUUAGAAGUAAUAUUUAUCAUCAGUGAAUGGAACACAUCACAUUGGUCCUCAUCAUUGUUCACUGCCUAACAGUCUUGGUGUACCUCACUGGAUAUAUAACUUAUCUCUAAAUUUUCUCACAUCAUAAACUGUUUCUUUUUAACACAAUGUUGCUGUGCUUAACAAUAAAGUUGAUUGGUGGGUUAUCAGAAUUUAGAAAAAUGGUACAGUUUUCCUCCAAACUUAACCAACACAGAACACUUUGUCUGAACAGGCACGCCUGGCUUUACAAUGUCAUUAAAUGCUUGAUACAUAGGAUGGAAAGAGGGUUAGACUGGCAAUAACACAUACACUACUGGUGAUGGUGUGGGACAGUAUUGGUAUGUAGGGCGGAAUGGAAGGAGACGAGGGUUAGACUGGCAAUAACACAUACAGUACUGGUGAUGGUGUGGGACAGUAUUGGUAUGUAGGGCGGAAUGGAAGGAGACGAGGGUUAGACUGGCAAUAACACAUACACUACUGGUGAUGGUGUGGGACAGUAUUGGUAUGUAGGACGGAAUGGAAGGAGACCAGGGUUAGACUGGCAAUAACACAUACACUACUGGUGAUGGUGUGGGACAGUAUUGGUAUGUAGGGCGGAAUGGAAGGAGACGAGGGUUAGACUGGCAAUAACACAUACACUACUGGUGAUGGUGUGGGACAGUAUUGGUAUGUAGGACGGAAUGGAAGGAGACGAGGGUUAGACUGGCAAUAACACAUACACUACUGGUGAUGGUGUAGGACAGUAUUGGUAUGUAGGACGGAAUGGAAGGAGACGAGGGUUAGACUGGCAAUAACGCAUACAGUACUGUUGAUGGUGUGGGACAGUAUUGGUAUGUAGGGCGGAAUGGAAGGAGACGAGGGUUAGACUGGCAAUAACACAUACAGUACUGUUGAUGGUGUGGGACAAUACUGUGGAUGGUGUGGGACAGUAUUGGUAUGUAGGACGGAAUGGAAGGAGACGAGGGUUAGACUGGCAAUAACACAUACAAUACUGUUGAUUGUGUGGCACAGUAUUGGUAGUGUAUCUUUUACACAAAAAUAGGAGCAAACUGUGAUCUACUGCCUCAUUUUUUCUGUAUUUUUUUUACCGUCGACCUUUUUUCCCUCUGAAUCUUUUAGUUAUCUCAGUAAACAAUUUACAAAAUGCAUUUUCUUUCCCUAUUCAUUGCAAUGUACAGGUUUUAUUAAUUUUCUUCUUUGCCAAGAUUUGUAUUCUGUGUUUAUAAUUAGUGCUGAUGUUUGAAAUACUGGAUGGAGUUGAACCAUAUUGUUAGAAAUAAAAUACUUACAGAAGUCAUAACAAGGAUUCAGUUUCCCCCAGAAUAACUUUUAAUUUUUCUGAACCAAUCUGGUUCUGUGUGGAGACAUUUUGUGUAAAAAAAAUAACAGUUGUUAUAUUAUCUUCAUUAUUUGAUUCCUCCAAGAGUGCUAUAAAUGAAUGUGAUCAAAUAUAUGAUUUACUAUUAUUAAUAGUAGUAUUUAUAAUAAGUAUCUAUCAUUUAUUAAAAUGAUUAUAGAUACAAUACCUGUGUAUUGAGAAUACAGUUUUAAGAUGAACUAGUAGAAAUUGUAUAUCUAUAGAUGUCAAGCACUGGGUUAUGGAGCCGUCAUUUCACUGAAUCUGGUCCAGUAUUCUGCUGUAGGGAAGUCUUUCCACAGAUUCAAUUUAAUUUAACAGGUUUUACGUCCGCUAUUACGGCCUUGCAGCCUUUCAGCUGAUGAGCCACAGAUUCUGGUUUGCCCUGUGUUAAGCCCUGGGUGAUGUAAGAAACAACCAAUUCACAGACUUGACAUGUGAUAAGCUCAGGGAGUUAUUUUAUAGCUGGUCAAUCAAGUGACUGUACUAGUCUCCAAAUUUAUCACGGAGAGGGGGUUGUUGAUACAUAUACACCCGGUAUACAUUUAAAACUAAACACAUGAAAAUUACUUUCUUGCAUCACAAAGUUUUUAUUUGUUUAGAAAAAAGAUAGUACCCUGCAAAUUUAGCAGAAAUUGAAUUUGAUUUUUUUGUGUAAAAAAACAUUUAUGGAAAAUGUUCAGAGAAAGUUGAUUCAAGGAAUAUCAUUUAGAUUUUAUUUAGAUAUUUUUUUUAGCAUUUGAAUUUUUUUCAUAUUUUUUUAGUAUAGAAUUUGACUGAAACUGAGUAUAUUGAUGUUUUGCCAUGUGUAUUUGAACCCCACCCCUUGCCUAUUUGUUUGACCCCUCCUUGACUGUUGAUUUGUACACAUGAUGUUGUUACAACUCAUGUUUAACCAGAGGGGCCAUUAUAGGGGUAAUCACCCCCCGAAGUCAGUGGGCACGACUGGCAUAUGAUUUGACAUUUGUUGCCGAGAACGCUAGCCACUUGUACAUAUAUGUAUACAGUGUGAAAUACUGAAAAUCGCUUAUGAUUUGUCGAGGAUUAAUUGUAGCACAAUUGCUGUUAGUGCCAUCCAUAUGUAUUGUGAUAACUAAUGUGGAUUUGUUUCCAUAACUGUCUGAAUGUGUUAUUAACAUGAAACAUUUAAAAGCAUAUGGAAUAGAAUUUGAGAAUUGACACGACAAAGCGUAAGUGAUUUACUGUAUAAAGUGUAUAAAAUUUGUAUAUCUUGAUAAUCAAAUGGAUUCUGGUCUCAGUAGUCUUAGUGUUUUAUUACAGUGUAGUAGGCUGGAAACAUUGAAUCAACAAAAAUCUUUCUGAUAGUACUUGUUUUGUAUUGACCCUUGGCUAUGAAAUGUUCAACAUUUACAAUGAAAUUAAAAACUUGAUAGCCACCUUGUCAAUCCAUGGAUGUGAACUCACUUUUGUGCAGGAUGAAAUCAGUCACAUGUAUAUGAAAUCAGUUUGACCUAUUCAAUAAUAUGUCAGUUGCCAGCGAAAUAAUUGAGUGUGUUGUGUAUUUUACUGUAGAAAUAGCUAUUAGUUGAUUAAAAACAGAGAUAUCUGAUCUGGUUAAGGUAGUACUAACCAAAGUUUAACUGGAGCUGAUAAUUGUGAUCUAUUAUUGUGUCCAGGUUUCCUUUUUGGAGUUUAUUGAUGUGUGUAAAGCAUUGAAGUAGUUCUAAGGAUGAGUUUACACAGCCUACAAACCAAAAUAAAUGUACACCAUGACAAGUGAUAUUGUGUUUAGUUUGUGGUUAUAAGUGUGGAAUCGGGAUAUAUUUCAGGAGUAUGGUAUUAGCUGGUGAUGUUACAUUAAUGAACAUCUGCUGGACAGAUCCUUAUACCAUUCACCAAACUAGUCAUGUAUAUAAAUCUGGGGCAUGCAACAGGUAAUGUUGUUUUGAGAUGCAUAUACCAAUUUGAUGAGGAAAGAAAUCUAUAUAGCAGUGUUGACAAAACAAACUGUUUGUGGGGAUUGCAAGAACAGUGUGUAUACUGGAAGAACAUCAGAAAAUUGUGGAUCAAAACAUAAGAAAAUUAAUGUUGAGUUAGGUCUGGAGGAGUUGUCAACUUGACAUCUUCAAACACAAUAGGAUUGUUUGGACUUUGCUGAUAUAUGUCAAGUGUAGGCUUUGGAUGGAGGUUUCCAGUCUGGAUGUACAACUACAACAGUAAUAAAUUAAUGAUCAACAAAACUUGUAUAAUCUUUCAUUUUAAUGGAUUACUAACUGUAAAUGAAGUGCGAUUGACAAACAUGGAAUAAUUUACUCUGUUCAUCUUGAGCUGUUAUGCUUUACAUAUUUUGAAGUGAAAAUCCAUUUUUAACCUGAUUUCCUUAUCACCAGGUUAUAUUUUUGGAGGUUAUGCAGAGUUGUUGUUAAUGGUUUAGUCGUGAUUCAGAUCGGGUUUGAAUUAUCACAGACAACAAAUGCAUAGUUGUAUGUUUUUUAAACAUUGCCAUCUCAUCUGUCAGCGUAGUCUUUAAAAACCAUUGUUUGGUUCCCAUUCGUAAAAUAAGAAUUAUUCAAGAUAUAUAAACACACGGAAAGGGUUGGGGCGCCUUCUUUGAUAAAAAAGGGUAGUCUGUGACAACAAAUCCUCACACCACUCCCAUGCAUUUAUUUAUAGACUAGCAUUUAGAUUUUCCUGAUGAAUAUCUUGUAUAAAAAUAUCUUAAUUCUACAUACUGCGGAGGAAUAGAUAAUCUGGAUCCAGUGUUUAUUUAUAAGGCAUAUUAGAACUAUCUGUACAUAGUGUACAUACAUAACAUAGAUAAUCUGUAUCAUCUAUCUAGUACACUAGCCAACCUUUCUGUCUAGACAGCUUAAAACUCGGCUUAUAUGAAAUUUAUUUUAAAAUACAGUGUAUACGCAAUAAGAAAAAUGUAGACUUUUAAAAUAUUGGGUGAAUAAGCUAAGAAGUUGAUUGGUUAGAAGAUAAUGUUGCUAUAUUCUGAUCAUAUUGAUGUCGUUUAUUUACAAUUUUCUCAUUUCAACAAUUAACUGAUAUCUUUAAAUUGACCUGUUUUAAAAUGACCAUAGUUACAAAAACCAAACUGGAUGCACAAUAUGUGAUAUACUUAUUGUAUAUUAAGACCAACCCAACACUUUGUACUUAUAUAUGAUGUAUAUAGAAUAUGUUGGAGCUAGUGUAUGGACUGGAUACUAUCAUGUUUAUUGUAUCAUCAUCAUACAAUUAUGAUUUGCAUGCCAUGGCGACGUAAUUAAGUAAUACAAUAUAACAUUAAGUUGAUACUAGUAUUGUUUGUGUUAUUUUCAAACAAUGGUACAGUUAUAACAGUAGAUUUUUUUUUAUUGUUUUAUGUCUAGAAUUUAGCAAGAUGUAGUGACGGUUAUAUGGCACAGAUAGCUACACAGAUCUGAUUGUAGUCAAGCUCUGGAAAUAAGACCGAAUCUUUAUAUUGAGUUUACCAAGAAAUAUGAAUUGAAAAUGGAAUAAAAGUGCAGAUAAGCAUUA